ACGGCUGGCUGGCUUCCUCACUCCCUCCCUGCCUCACUCAGUCCCGCUAGCCGCUACUCACUCGUGCUCAGUGCCAAGCCAGACGUGCUGAGCGACGACGACCACGAGAAAGACCGACACGAAAGGAGAACAUCGAGAAGAACAGUAAAGGGAGAAAGAGAGAGAUAGAGAGAAAGAGGGAGACUAGAAGAUAAAGAAUAUUAAGCGACUACAACAGGAGCAAGAGAAUAGGAAGCAACACACCUGCAAAGAUAAAAAAAAAAAAAGUUACGCAAACACACACACACACACACACACACACACACACACACACACACACACACACACACACACACACACACACACACAAGUGACGAGAGGUGAACGAUCUAACCCGGACGAGGAAGAAGAGCAAAAUAAUUUAUCAGCCAAACAUUUUCCAGUGCUGAGAAAAAAUAAAAGGCAAAGCAAACUCGUAGAAAACUGAAAGAAAAACAAAAGACAUAUAAGAGAAGAGGAAGAAUUUCAUAAUUACAUAAAGAAAAGUUAGUCAGAGGAAAUGGAGGAGAUGAAAAGUAAUCUGUGCUGAGAGUCAGAGAAGGAGGUUAAGGAGAAGAAGGAGGAAGAAGGAAGCGCUACCAUCCCCCCUCCUCCUCCCUUCCUCUCAAGGUGGUCAUGGCAGCGGUGGGAACUUGAAGACUCUCGUGUUUCCUUCCUUGUGCUACCAACUUUUCCCUCCAAGAUGUACACACUCACGAUGGGCGAGCGGGUGGCCAUGGUGAUGAUGGCUCUCGCUGUGGUGGCAGCGGUGGGCGUCCUGGUGAUGUGUGUGGUGAGGCCCGGCUGCUGGCUCAACUCCUUACUGCUUGGUGAGGAGGAACGAAGGAGACGAGAAAAGGAGAGGAUGAGUCUAGUGGUGCAAGGAUCCGCCCCAACUCUUUGCCUGCCACCUCACUCGCACCAGUCUCCAGCUCGCCAUUCUAACCUACAGGAGCUCUCUUUCCAGAGCAGCCACUCUCCCGUGCACACUAAACAGAGCCACAUCAGUCCCCAGCACGGCAUUCAGGAGUCUCACACGCUCCUGGGCUCCCUCUCCUCCAAGCGGGACUCUACCUACUCUUCUAUGUCAGAGUACUCCGGCAGGACCUCGCCUACCAACUCCUGCAGGAGCAGCGUGGGUGACAGCGUGGGCAGCGGCGUAGGGAGUCCUGUGGGAGGGGAAGCGCAGGGCCACCUCUCCUUCGGGCUGCAGUACGUCGUCACCAGUGCAGAGGCGGCCACGGGAAAGCUGAUUAUUACCGUCCUGGAGGCGAAGAGUCUGGCGGGGCGCGAGUACCUGGGCAACACGUGUGACCCCUACGUGAAGGUGGUGGUGUGGCGGGAGAGGAGAUCACUGCGCAAGAAGAAGUCACCACCACUGCACGUGUUUCGAACCCGCACAGUGAGACACACCCAGGACCCCGUGUACCACCAGUCCUUCGUGAUGGAGGUGACCAAGGCUGACCUGAAGGAGUUGGUGGUGAAGCUGGUGGCGAUGGACUCAGAUAAGUGGGCAAGUCCAACUACUGUCGGGGAAGUGACUCAGCCGCUACGAGACAUCAAGAACCUCGCCUCACUUGAACAGCGGACCACUCUCAACUAUUUCCUCGUGCCGCCCAAGCUGGAGCUUGGCGAGGUGCUCUUCGGCCUCAGCUACCUGCCCACUGCUCAGCGCCUCUCCGUCUCAGUCAUUAAGGCGCAGAACCUCAAGUAUAGCAAUGUAGUGGACGACCUUAAUGAUUUUUGCCCGUACAUCCGCGUGCUCCUCAUCAGCGGGACGGGGCGGGUGCUGAAGAAGAAGAAGACGACGUGGAGAUCAGCCUCUGCCUCCCCCAUCUGGAACGAGACGCUCAUCUUUGACUUGGCUCAGAACCAGGUGGAGCACGUGACCUUCCUCCUGGUCCUGUGCACACGUCCUCAGCAGCUCAUUUCAACCCCAACCCCGGGCGAUCCUUCAGUACAACCCUCGGAAACAAUCCCACACGAAUAUCUCACGUCCUUAGCGCCCCCUGAUCCUUCCGCCUCUCCGAUCCUCGACCACCCGAAGAAACAGGAUCGGUACCUCGGGAAACUAGCGUUAGGGUGCCACGUGAAGAGCGAGGAGCAGAGGCAGCACUGGUUAGCCGUCAUGGGGUCUCCGAGAAAGGUUGUCUCCCAGUGGCACGCUCUCAAGUAGACACCUGAAGGGGUCGCUGAGGGUGUGGAAAGAAGUGAAGGUUUUGUCAGUAUAUACAACGCAGUAGAGGGGUUUGGUGAAGGGUGUUUUAAAAGGGAUUGGAUUACCUGUCUGUGGGUUGAGUUGAGUAGUGUUGAAGAGUGUGUGUGUGUGUGUGUUUGGAAGUGGUGGUGGAGAUGGUGGCUAUUCCAAUCCUACCUCCCAUCCCUCGCCAAACACAGAUCCUUCAUCCCCCUCAUGACUCGUAGGAUUACUUAAUGACCCUUCACAGACGACACUUGGGGAUGUAAGCGCUCUGGAACUCUGCGCUAAUUAAAGAUGAGUAGCCUGUAAGGGGGAAAAUCCUUUGGUAAUCUACGUCAGCUCAGUUCUCCCUCAAAUGCUUCCCUUCCCUUCCCAUCCCAUCCCUUCCCUUUCCGUCCCGUCCCUUCCCGCCCCCUUCUUCCUCCUCUUCUCUUUCCACUGCCCUCCUUCAUUAUCAUCCCUUCACCUCCCCGUGUGUUGUAGUUUAGUGUACGUAGAUUGUAUAAAGUCAUCAGUGAUUAUUUUUGUGGUCUAUUUAUGAUUAUUAUUCGUGAUAUUAUUUCUACUGUUUGUGAUCUAGUUGAGUAGGUUUUAACGUGUGUGUGUGUGUGUGUGUGUGUGUGUGUGUGUGUGUGUGUGUGUGUGGGUGGAGAGAGAGAGAGAGAGAGAGAGUUGCUAGCUUUAAAGAAGAAAGACGUGGGUGUCUCAGAAAUUAUGAGAAAAGAUGCGUGAAGGUUAUCGCUGAUUCUUGAUUAAAUAUCAUUACAACACACACACACACACACACACACACACACACACACACACACACACACACACACACACACACACCACAACUCUCGUGCAUAGUGUGUAUAUUUUGAUGUGACACGAUAUUACUCUCAUCUAUAAAUAUUCGAAAGUUCAUGUCAUCAUUACGUGUAGGCGAUAAUUAUAAGGUGUAGGAUCUGCGUGUGUUGUAGCAUUGAAUUCCUUUGUAAGCAUUCCAGUCGCCCCUCUGUCCUUUAUCAUGGGGGAUCAAUAAGAGGAUUUAGGUUGCUCGAGCGGGUCUCGCACCCAAACAUGUGGAAUCAAAUCCUGUUUACGUUUUCUUUGUUACAUACGGCAGAAAAAAAAAUCCAUCCAUCCAUUAUUAUUAUUAUUAUUGUUAUUAUUAUUAUUAUUAUUAUUAUUAUUAUUAUUUAUGGUGGUCUGAUAACCAUGUAUAAAUCACGUGAUUUUGUGUGUCGUCGCUUUUCGCAUCGCUUGGUAGGGAAACAAUAACAUUAUCGAACAAUCGUCAAGGGAAACUAGUACUCAUCUUCAUUAGUUUCCCCAAGUAAGUGCUAAGAUGUGUAUUCCUGGCGCUUCAUAUACAUACAAUCAUACAUAUAUACUUGUUUCCUUACGGUUAUCUGCAGCUACGUCAGUUUGAUUACUUGGGCAGACGUAUGGAGGUUGCUGCGUCGCUGUUUUGUGUGUGUGAGGGCGUGGUAGGCGAGCAGUGCUGGCCGAGAGCUCUCCUUGUACGACUUCUGUGAUAGUUUGGUGGUUCUUAAUUGGUCCUGCAGAAAUCAGCUGGCAUGAUGGCGGCGUUCUGUUACUCGUGGCGGAAGAAGUAAAGUUUUCAGCGCAGUUUUGUUCUGCGUACGUGAGAUGGUAAUGGUAGAUGAAGUUUGUGAUUUUAGAGGAAGCGACGAGGAAUAUUGGAAUCGAGUCUUGUUUUCCCCUUCUCAGAUUCGUACUCUCAAACGCUUUCUGCUUCAUAUCUCAACCACUUCCAAUUGGCUGUAGUCUAGUGGGAGGUAGUAGGGUUAUCGAGGAUGUACCGUGAUUCUAGUGAUAGUAAUAAGAAUUCCGUGCCAGUAAUGGAAGAAAGACAUGAGAACUCCAAUAAUCUGUGUAGUUCUUCAAAAUAAAUCUCAUGAGGACUCGAAGCGUUUCAGAAUACGGAUCUUUUUUUCACAAUUUGGUCAGUAAUACGUGGACUGGUUCGGUGUACAGUGUUCCUCGUCACGGCGGAAGAAAAAGGCACCAGGAUUAGAGGUGUGUGAGCCUCUUGAAUUUACGUAUUGUGUAGGAGGAUAUGUAGUAGUAUACCUUCGCCUUGGUUUUUCCUGGCCAGCCGCCGCCACCCUCACCUCACUGCGCCCUUCGGUGACCAUGAUAACCUUGAGUCUUGUGCGUAGCGGGUGAAUCUUGCAUGAGGCGGGGACGUGCUGGGUAUGAUUACGUUAGGGAUUAAAGGAGGAGGAAGGGAAGGAGUCUGUAAUCGGAGGAAUGAAUGGGUGGGCCAGUCUAUGGUGCUGUAGUUAAGAGGUAAUAAGGAGGGGUCUUAUAAAUGGGUUUUUCUGUAUCUAAUCGGCAACACUAAUCUGCCUUCAUGAAUACGAGAUAUUGACCUGUGUGUGUGUGUGUGUGUGUGUGUGUUGCUGGGUCUGUGCAGGUGGUUGGGGCGUGCCUCUCCGCCUCCCUCCCUCCCCUUCAUCAGUUAUCUGAGCGAGCCAGGCCACCGUGACACCAUGCUGGCCGCGCCCCUCCCUGGGUGUGGCCUUGCUCGAUGUCACACGGCACGCAGGCAACGUUUUGUUUCUGAAGUUAUUAUUUAAGCUACGAAUCGUUAUUUCUCUCUCUCUCUCUCUCUCUCUCUCUCUCUCUCUCUCUCUCUCUCUCUCUCGUUUACCGCUCAUAUUUUCUCUUGCAAUGACGUCUUUUCAGUGUAAUAGACGCUGCGCCGCUGUACACUGCCUAUGUUUUGCUACAGAGGGCAGUGGGUGCAUCGGGAUGUGGUGGUGGUGGUGGUGGUGUCUGCGUGGCCAGGCGAUGCGCACCUCGUAUGGGAGUGCAGGGAUGCGCCGUGUAUGGUUGUAUGAUAGGACUGUGGGUCUUUCAUUACUAUGUAGCUUCGUAUAUGUUUUAUGUUACGUCUGGGAAAGACUACACACACACACACACACACACACACACACGUCUCAUCACGCUAGUGUGGGGUAAGGUGUUUAAUAAUCCUAAGUACAGCCCUGGUCACAAGUCUCGUACAGUAAUUAACCUUCUGCUAUCUCUCCUACUGCGUUUGUAUUUAUUUAUUUAUUUAUUCUUAUUUUUUACUGGAGUUGUAUGAUUUGCUAACUUCCUCGGUAAACCUGAGAAAUUUGGAGUCUUGGAUCAGUGGACGUAGGAUUGAAGGAGAGCGCUAAGGACAGUGGAAAUUGAGUUAAUGAGAUGAAGGAAAGACACAAGUGGAAGUGCGAUGCGUUACUUGAUUUCUGACCGUGACUGUAUCUUACCGUUACGUACCACACCAUUACGUAAAUAGUGUUACGUACAUACAUACAUACAUGCAUACCAAGCCGUUCAGUCAACCCCGUGCAACACAAACGUCCAAAGAUGUGUAGGUUUGGUGUGUUCGUUCGUUCGCUGUCGUUACCGUCACGUGGUGGGUGUGCACGUCAGGGGAGCACAAAUCUUUACUAUUAUCCGUGGGUAUGUGAUUCACUCAUGUGUUUAUGUAUAGAGAGGAAAAAGAUAUACAAUACAUACAUAUACCUGUUGAUGAUGAAAUACAUGUAUAGAACAACU